UCUUUAUUGAUUAUGUAACAUUACACAGUAUUGGAUAACCUGAGGUCACAUGACCCUGUACAGGUAAUUGCAUGCAAGGUCAUGGGUCAGAAUAAUAGAAGGCUAUUGGAUAAAUGAGCUUGUGUAAGAUUGACAGGUCAGUCAGUAACCAGUUGCCUUUCUUAUGUGUAAAUAUCCAUAGGCUAUAACUGACCAUAACAUUGUUGAGAUAAAAGUUUUUAAUUGCUUCACUGUGCAAUCUUAUGCAGUAUUGAGAGUGUUAAGUGAAAAUAUUAGCCAGAUUCAGCAACCAAGGACCUAUGGGAUAAUAACUGUACCACAAUACAAAUGACUGCUGGGACAAUUAUGGUGCAGCAUUGAUUCCCAUAACCUGUCACCAUAGAAACCUGUCACCCAAUGAACAGUAACCAAAGUUCAGAGAACAUGCAAGAUCCUUACUCUGCCAUGAUGAGCACUCAUGCGCAUCCCAGCGACCCCUACAAGUCCAGCGACCCCUACAAGUCCAGCGACCCUUACAAGUCCAGCGAUCCUUACAAGCCAUACCCCGUCAGCUUAGAAAGGUCACAUUCGAAUGGUUCCCAUGGUUCCCAAGGUCAAGGGAACGUCUCAAAUCAGUCGUUCUAUCACGGCAUGCAGCAGUACGCAUCGUUCUCAAACACUGGUGACCUCUACAAUGCCAUGACUUUGCCAUCCACUAUGGGACAGGACUAUGCGCCCCUUCCCGCCCACAUGGGCUCGCAGUCCCACAUGAACCUGAACCCAAGCAUGAUGUCCCGACUGACUCAGUCUCACAGCCAGUCUCACGCACCGUCACACACAAUCUCAUCUCCAACAGAUUCCUCGCCAUCAAACCAGGGUGACAUGAACUUAUCUAACUUAUCAUCCCCUGGACCAUCCACGAGUCGCCUUAGCAUGUCACCAGAAAACCAUUCAGAAGGUCAAGGGUCAGGUCACAGCCACCAAAGCCAUAUGUCCAGCAAUCUUUCGCCAAGUGAACGCGUAAAACACGAAUCCAGUGACAAUGGUUCUGUUAAGUCUAGCAAUGGAGAGGAAAGUGGUGUUCCCCCUAAAAAGCGUGCCCUUUCAUUACCAGAUGAAAACCGUGAUGACAAUUAUUGGGAAAAGCGUAAGAAGAACAAUGAGUCUGCAAAAAGAUCUCGUGAAGCGCGUAGAAUGAAAGAGGAGCAGAUAGCUCUUAGGGUUGUGUACUUGGAACAGGAAAACCUGCAGUUAAGAACUGAAGUCUCUCUAUUGAAAAGUGAGAUUGAAAAGCUCAGGUGUAUGCUUUAUAAUUCCUGACAAUGUCGGAUAUAUCCGGAAUUUCAAAUCCACGAGGCAUUAUGUACAAAUGUACGUGUAAUAUAAUAUGUGGAAUUAAAUAUAUUUAAAUGCAAUAUAAAAUGAAAUCUAGGCUGUGCACCAAAGAUGUGAUGCAAAAACUUUGAAUGUUUGUGUGUGAUUUUUAACAUAAAUAUGUAUAUAGUGAGAAUUCUUAAGACUGUACAUUUUUAAAGUUGUAAUUUGAAAUGGCAAUUAAUUGUCGGUCACUCACGGUUAUGCAACUCAGGGAAAUAGCAAGUCAGUCUCAGGUGUUGUUGUUGUUACUUUGUGAAUAAGUCAUGAUAUAUAAAACCCCGGUGAUUUUAAAUUUUGUUUUGCAAUAGACUAUAGUUUGUUUGUCCUGUUCUGCCAUUUUGUUUUUCUGUGACAUUCAGUAUUAACAUCAUUGAUAUAUCCAUUUGAUAUUAUUGUAUAUUGGAAAGAUUGAAGUACACAAAACAGUGCAUUUCUUCAGUAGAACACAGCUCAGAAAAUAAAAUGAAUUUAUUCAUUAACCCUUUGCAUGCUAGGAAAUUGUCGUCUGCUAAAAUGUCGUCUGCUGAAUUUCUAAAAUUAGCAUUUUCUUCGAUUUUUUUUCCAAAGAAUUAUAUCAGAAUAGCAAACAGUUUGGAUCCAGAUGAGACGCAUGUUCUGUGGUGUCUCAUCUAGAUCCAAACUGUUUGCAGAGGCCUUCAAAAUUCAGUUCCCGCACUGAAAGAGUUAAAUGUUUACUUAAUAUUCAUCAUUUACCUAAUAAUUUCAACUCUCAAUUAAUGUAGCAAAUUACAAACAAUAUCAUUAGAAUAUUCAUGCUGCAUUUUUCAGUCAUCUUUUAUAGUCAUGAUUAAAUUAUGCGUACAAUUAUGCAAAUUCCAAUUAAAAUUACUGAAUACUCAAAGCACUCAGGGUAUAUUAAGAUAUACAUAUUUUAUAGAUGUUUUGUAUUGUUCAUUUCAUUGUUAUUAAAAAUUGUUAUACAAUUAUAUGUCAUAUGUCAUCUAUAUGUCACUGUGACCAUAGAAUUCACACAAGUCGGUAAUUAUGGGUACUUGUACAUUUGUGUAUUUAAAUGCAUUUCCAGUAAUUUUGGAAUUAUAGAAUCAGAAAAUUAUAACUGUUGUUGUUGAGUUAUUUGUACUUUUAAAUAAAAAUUGUUGGAUACCAAUUUCUCAAAUUUCAAAAGAAUGACAAGCUUCAGGCAUAAUAAAGUUGUUUGUUUCCUUUGGCCCAUCAUUAUUGUUUUUGCUAAAUUCGAUCAUAAUCGCUUCAUUAUUUAAAAAACAAAAAACAAAAACAUGUUGAAUAUGGAUUGGAAAAUAAUAAAUAAUGUCAUUGAAUUUCUUCAUUUAAGUGGGAAAUAACUAUAGUAUUGUAAAAAAGUUAAAAAUCUUUUUCUAUAAACCCGUUUUCCAGAUGGAGAGAUAACAAACAAUUAUUUUUGCCAAGGGCUAUUCUUUAAAUCUUACUGAUUAAUAAACUUCCUGACUUCUGAUUUAUGAAGUUUGGCUCAUAGUC